CGGAUAAGCGGAAGAAGAUGGAUGGAUGGAUGGACAUAUUUUUGUAAACGGGAUGGUGUGACUUGUGAUCGACAGUCUUCUUACCCCGCUACUCUGAAUUAUUGGAACUGUAAGCAGGUGCUAAUAGUCCAGCUAGCUAUGCAGUUAACACUGAAUUGGGCGCGAGUGAUGAUUUGCACAAACCUUUCUUGACUCCUCCAUUACCGUUGCUAAUGCUAAAGGAAAAGUUGAAAAACAAGCGAGGCGACUUCAUGAACUGUUCUAGUUGUUGCUAAUGUAAAAGGUGCUCAGUAACUGUCUAACCUUGAUAAGAGUCCCAUGAAGUCAAAUUACUUUGCACCCAAGACACAUUAAUCUGUAAAGUUUAGUCAUUAUGUUUUGUGUAAGUGAUGUAAUGUAAGUUGAAUUAGCUUUUGAAGCAGUUGGCACAUGUUUUACAUGUGACAGCAUUCCAGUACUAAAAGUGAAUGACUGAGGAAUUAUGUGUUGCAGGAACCAUGUUGAUUAAAACAAGACUUGGCGAACAACAAACAUUUGUCUGACUAACAGAGCCAUUUCUGAAGGAGUUUUUGAUUACAGCAUUUGCAAAAGGCGUGCCAGCUAUAAGAGGGCGUGAAGGUUGUUGACAGUUCUGGGACUGAGUUGGAUGAGGAUGUUGUUAAGGAUCCCUUGGCUGGAGUCCUAACCAUCAAAUAUGAAACUGGUUUGUUACAUUUGUCAGUUAUGUUAGUAUUUAAUGAGCUUUCUAAUUCAUUGUGGUUAGUGUUUUUGUCUUUCAUCUGCUUCUCUUAUGAUCAAAAUGUGUCUCCUUGGUGGAAUCGCCUGAGGAAUCUUAGCCAAGCUUGUCUGAUUCUCAAGAGAUACUCAUUCUUUCAGAGAGUCCUUCUGCUAAACAAGCAGCAGUUAGACACAGAGCCUGAACAAUUGGUGGAAUCCAUUCUCAACAACACACCUGGUGGAGAAAGGAUCAUGAAGGAAUUUAAUCGAAGCAAGUGCCUCACAGAUGAAACCAGAAGGAAAAUGGUUAACAUACUGGCAGCUGAUAUGACAGAGAAGAAUGGGAUCUCACCACGCAGAGAGGUUAAAGAAAUGUAUUCCAGAGGAAUUGUGAGCUUAUUUCCCUACCUCAUUGAUCCAUUCUCCAGGAAAGGUUAUGAGCAUUAUUACGAUGCUGCAAGUGGUAUCGGGUACUUAGCCUGGAGGAUAAAAACUAUUCAAAGAUCCACUGCUAGAGACAGACGAACAUCAUAUGGAGCAAAAUGCAAAGAAGCAUUGCGUGAACAUGGGCUUGGGGGACCAGCUGUCAGACAGGAGACCCAGUUUGUUCCAGAGACUGUCCUGAGUGAAGAAGAGUGUAAGGAAGCCAUCGCACUGAUUAAGCAUUCAGCCGAUGAGGACACAAUCAAGAAGAAGAUGAAGCUCACAUUUGACUUCUGGUGCAACACAGUCCUCUACCCCCAACAGCCAAGCAACAUACUCUCUGUCUUUCCACGUUUCAAAGAUGUCAAAGGCUUGGUGGAGCAGGAUUUUGUCCUGAUGUUUGGAGAAGGCGUGUCUGGCAAGUUUCUGGAGCAACAGAUGACCACGUUCAAGAGAGAGAUCAUCCAACAAUGCAGAAAACUUCCAACCACCAGUGACCUUGAAGAACUUCUCCUGAGGAUGCCACUGAAGUGGAUGAUGACAUGAGUUGGGAUAAUGACCUCUCAUCAAUUUUGCUGCUGCAACACCUCAUUCCCCCCUCUGCAUUGGGCCGAAAGAAACCUUGGAAGAUGUCUGGCUAUCAACCAGAGAAGCAUCUUGUGGUCUUCAAGAAGACAGAAACCAGCAUUCAAGAACAUCUUGAUGCCAUCAUGAGCACACAACCCUAUCCCCUGGCUGUGGGACAGAGGAAGAAAGUAGAUCACCAGUUCUUCAUCCUUGACAAAAAUGUCAUUGCUUGCAGGUCAACCUCUUCUCUUGGUGCUUUUGACGAACUGUUUAAGGCACAUUACGUGUUUGCCACAACACACAACCCUGUGCUGCGCAACAUAUUCAUAUUCAUCCAAAUCACUGUGUACAAUAUAGAUGUAGGCAAAGUGAAGAAAAAUCCUUGUGUGGUAGAAAUUUGGGCUAGGUUGAUUCACUAGUACUUGAACAGAUUUGUUUGGCAUGAAAUGUUUUGUUUGUGAGGCAAAGUUAAGUUGCACAAAUGUACUUAUUCGGCAUAUACGAGUAGUUCAUGGUUACUUGGAUGGAAAAAAUCUUCGCCUUAAAUGUGCUCAGUCUGGAUGUGGCCGUGUGCUUGGAACCUUUUCUGGGUUUAGGAAACACUUAAACACCAAACACACUAACAAUACUGACCAACAAGUCAGCAAUGUCAAUUCAAGCAGAGCAGACCUUGGUAAUGCAGAAGAUCUGGCAACAGCUAAUGUAGAAGAGACAGCCACAACAUCUACACAGUUGAAGUCCAACAUCAGCAUUGUAGAUAUGUGUGCUACUGCUAUCGCACAACUCGGAGCAGCUGGAUUAAGCCAGUCUACUGUUAAGAGAUUUGUCUCAUCCAUGGAAGAAGUGAUUUUUGAGACUCACAGUCAGGCUAUGGAUGUAGCUUUACAGUGCUUGCCUUCAGAGCAUACACAGAACAGGACCAAAAUAGAACAAUCAUUCAGAACAUUGGAAAAUCCAUUUACACCUCUAAAUUCAGAAGCAAAGUUAAACAAACACUUGAGAGAGAAAUGGGGAUUGGUUGAACCUAUUGAAAAAGUGCUUGGCACAAGAUUUGACAGCAGAAAAAACAAAAGUACUGGGACAUAUGAUCAAGUCAUUGUAACUGAUAGGUUUGCAUAUAUACCCAUUUUGGAAACACUGAAGAGUAUUUUGCAAAAAAAAAGAACUUCCAGAAAUGUUCAAGCUUGGGUAUAUUCCCAAAGAAGGUGUUUAUGCAGACUUGAGAGACGCCAUCCAUUUUAAAGAAAGUCCCCUAUUUUCUUUGCAAAAAGAUGCCCUUCAGAUUCAGCUGUUUGACUUUGAAACUGCAAAUGUAUUGGGACCUAAAAAGGGGUUACAUAAAUUAGGUGCUAUCUAUUUCACUCUAAGAAAUUUCAGUCCAAUCUUUAAUUCGUCUUUGCUAAAUAUUCAUUUGUGUGCUCUAUUCCAUGCACAGGACAUCAAACGAUACAGUUUUAAUUUGAUACUUGAACCUCUUGUUAACGAUCUGAAAGUACUUGAGACAGAGGGACUUAAAAUUCCAACCUUUGAACCUGUGAUUUAUGGUACUGUGGUUCAGGUUACAGGUGACAAUCUUGGAUUGCAUGGUCUGUUUGGCUUUGUGGAGUCAUUUGGUGCUCGCUAUUGCUGUCGUUUUUGUCUCCUUGAAAAGCACAGUUUUCAAACUAUAUUCUCUGAAGAUCAUCCAGAAGUUGUUCUAAGGACUGAAGAUGAACAUGCACAACACUGUCAAACUGUACAAGCAGAUCCUAGGCUUCCUCAUGUAUAUGGUGUGAAACGUGUUUGUCUAUUGAAUUCACUUCAGUAUUUCAACAUGGCUAACAAUUUUUCUGUAGACAUGAUGCAUGAUAUUCUUGAGGGGGUUGGUCAGUUUGAGGUAAAACUGAUUCUGAAGUACAUUCAUAGCAACUUCCUAAGUACUGAACAAGUUGCUGGUAGAAUACAUGCAUAUGACUAUGGUUUCAAUCAGCAGCGAAACCGCCCACCUUUGUCAACAGAUAAAAUGCUGGAUGGAAGUAAUGACUUGGGUUUAACAGCCAUACAGUUUUGGUGCUUGUUACGCAAUAUGCCUCUGCUAUUUGGUGAUUUGAUUCAAACAGAUGAUAAACACUGGCAUCUCCUACUUUUGCUUCUACAUAUUGUUAGCAUUGUAAAUUCGCCAGUCUUGUCAGAGGGCAUGACAAUGUACCUCAAACAUUUAAUCAUUGAUCAUCAUCGGUUGUUUAAGCAAUUAUUUCCGAAAAUAAAUCUCUUGCCAAAGCAUCACUUCAUGAUACAUUACCCUCGUAGUAUAAGGCACAUUGGUCCAAUUUUGCAUACAUGGUGCAUGCGUUACGAAGCCAAACAUAGUUUCUUCAAGAAACAAUUAAAAAGCUUUAAAAACAUUACUAAAACAUUAGCGAAAAAGCAUCAAAGUUACAUGGCAAUGUAUCAUGAAUCAUUUGGCAAGGAAAGAUUCAGUGUAGGUCCAGGAAAGAUGGUGACACUUUGUGAGUUAAAAGAGGGAGUAGCGAUUGCUGCAAAGUUUGGAAUUGUUUCGACAACCAGUGUGUUUUCUGCCAAGUGGAUAAAAUACUAUGGUACAGAGUACCGUCCUGACUUUAUUAUAUGUACUGAGGUAGCAUGUGGGAUGCCUGUAUUUUGUAAGAUUCAAACAAUUGUUGUAAAAGAUGACAGUGUUUUGCUCUGUGGAAAAUUGAUGGAAACCAUGUGUUUUGAUGACCACUACCAUGCCUUUAAGGUCAAGCUGCGUCCAGAUAAUGUUGGAAAGGUUUUGCAUAUAAAUGAUCUCUUAUACUUCAAACCAUUUGAUGUUCAAAUGAAGUACGGUACGACAGAUACUGCCUUAUAUGUGGUUCCAUAUUGCCAUUUUAUGCAGACAUAGGAUAAUUUUGCUAAUGGUGUUCUUAAGAGACUGAAGUUAACUAUUUGUGGACUUGAGAUCGGUUGCUUGGCAUGCCAGGCACCCUGGAAGCCAUUUUACAGUCAAUGCAAAGUCCUCUACUGUAAUAAGAUGUACACCAUGUCAUGUUACUGUAACACUACUAAAAGUGUGUUAACUAAAAGUUAACAAAUCCUUUAC